UUUUAUUUAAAAAAAAUUAAUACAUGGAACUAUUGGGCAGAACGCAUAUAACGUCUUUUAAGUCGGUUCAUUCACCAUCCAGCAGAACCUGACAUCUUUUAUUGCACUAAAGCGCCCCGUGGUGGUGAUGUUAAAAUGCACAGUGUGGGCAGUUAAGAAAUAUUACAACAUUAAAUGAAACAUAAAAUAACGGAGUAGUUUCCUUUCCUAUAUGGAAACUUACAUGAAACUUAAUACAUGUGAUUAAAUAUUUAUAGUUUAGAAAUAAAAUAACUGGUCCAGGAAAAAACGUGACUCCGACAGGACAGUAAAGGCAACACAACGAUUUUUCACCGAGACACGCCGUCCGUUAGACUGAGUUGCUUUCCCCCGAAGGAAAGUAAAUAGAUAAAACAACAACCUCGCUUUUGUGUUUUCUUCUCAGCAACAAAACAGUAAGUUUUACAUUUUAAUAUCAUUUUGUUUUAAUUUGGCUUUGUUAUUUAUCCUGAAUAAAAGAACGUUUAAUAAUACUACGUACAGUAGCUCGACUUAGCAUCUUUUAAAUUAGCCCCUUGUUUGAUGCGAUUGGCUAAUUUAUUGUUUAAUUCAGAUAUGUUGUUUGUAUGUUGGUUUUAAUUUAGAAAAUUAAAUUAAUUUAGAAAACUGAAAUGUACUGUUUGACUUUUUUUGCAUUUACAAUUUUUAUUUAAAUGGUCUUUUUUUAAUUACUACGUACAGUAUCUUAACUGUACUGUUAACUGUUGUUUUUCCUCUCAUCUUAUUCCUUACAAAUAAUUUUAAAGUUAAUAUUACGGAACUUUUAACAUGUUGUUAAGAACUAACAUUUAGUCAAAAAGAAACACCGACCAAUCUUUUUAAUUUAUUGCAUUAUGAAAAUUUAAUCGAAUGUGUAGAUUAGGGGAAAAACGCCCGAUGUGGUAUUGUAUUAGGAACUGCCAUGACAUCACGAUGGAUUUAGGGGCUACAUGGUCUUAGAGUUGUGUCCUAAGGCAGAUGCUUGUUUUUAUUUGAAUGAUUUUAAAUGUUUUGUCUUUCAGUCCGUUGCAGAGGCAACGAUGGCGUCCUUCAGAUGUAAAUAUUUUCACAAGAACUCAAGGCUUGAUGUGCUGAUCAGCAGCCUGAGGAAGGAGAACGUCUCUCUGAAGAAGGCCCUGCUGAAAUUAUCCCAUCAGCAGUCAGAGAAUUUCAAGAUAGUCGAGAGACUUAUCUCUUUCUAUGGUGGAAGUCCGGAGACUCCUCCGCAGCAGGUAAAUGAAGACAGUGAGACUGUUUUACCAUCUGCGUCCAGCAAAGAUGGACAAAACAGAAGGGAUACAGUCAAUAUGCAGAGGAUUUCCACCUACAUCACAGAGAUGGAAGAUAUCAAGAAGAAGCUUGUGACAAUUUCCACUCGGUGCCAGUAUCUUGAGAACAAAGCUAAAGAGAAGAAAAAGGACCUAACCUCAGAUGAACAAGCCUCUAGCAGCAACUUCACAGAACUUGAAACUCUUCUCAAAGAUGCCUUGGAGAAGAACAAGCAGUGGCUGAAAUAUGACCAGCAGAGAGAGGCCUGUGUGACGGCAAUCACGGCCAGAAUGAUAUGGCUGGAGAAGAAGCUGAACGGAGCCAAAGAGUCCUGCUCAAGGCAGCACAAUGACAACUAUUCACAUGAGAAGCAGAAAGUACUGCAGAUGCAGGAGUACUAUGAAGGGCUCCUACAGAAGGCCAAACACGAGCUUGAUGUGAUGAGGGAGCAGGUCACCAUAACGCAACAGAAACUGACAACAACUCAAAAACUGUGCUUGAAAAUGGAAACAGAGGCGGAGAAGCUCAAGCAAAUGCUGCGGACUGAGGAGAUGAGGAAUCAGCCAAGUUCAUGGAAAGAUCAUCAAGGCUCAGAGGAUGAAGCCAAACAUCUGAAAGAAAAGACUAAAGACCUUGAAUUCAAGCUGCGAGAGGAGAAGCGCAGGUCAGCGACCUUUGAGCUGCAGGUCGACCUCCUUCAGAAGUACAUGAUAAAUUCUCACAGUGAACACCAGGAAAAGAUUGCAGAUCUAGAGAAGCAGCUCUGCAAUGUCAACACCUCAUACAGCAGCAGGAGUUUACUCAAUGAAAGCUUCCUCAAGUGUCCUGGCUGCUGCAUGGAGUACCCAGCCAAUCACUAUCAAGAACUGAUGCAGCACAUAGAAAUGUGCCUUGACUAAGCUGAGCCUCAACCCUCCUGAUGCCUGUGUUUUUGUUUGCAAUAAUAAGAUAAUAAUCCUGUUAAAAUCAAAUGUUCUCUUUACAGUUUUCGCUCGUUAAAUGAUGAUCGCCUCUUAUUUCCAAAGAUGGUUGAAUGAUAAUAAAACAACACUAAUUAAUGAUAAUAACCACCUUUAAAACUAAUGAGUGAUGUGUGGCACGUCCUCAGGCCACACACACUCUUCAAACCUGACAAAUGUAGCUCGUCUAAGAUAAUCCCUUCCUGGUGCUAUUUAAGGACAUGGAUUAGCAAUGCUCAUCGAGAAUAUGAGAAGUCAAAGGUCGCUGCCUGUGGCUUUAAAAAGUAAGGCAAGGGCCGACCCUGUCUGUUAGCUUCAGAGAAUUAUGACCCGUAUAAACAGUCUGUACUACUGAGGAACAUAUAGUAUGACAGUGAGUCAGUCAGAAAGAGCCGCCACAACUGUGUUUUCUUUCAUGAAAGGCUUAAUUAGUGUGAGAAGAAAAUCCCAUUUUCUCUCAGCCUGUAAUCAACUAAUGUAUUACCGCUGGGGCAGUAAACCUGCUCACAGAGUAAAUAAAAGUGGUACCUGUUUAAUUGAGGCUCAGCAAUAAGCUCUCAAUUCACACAGAUUCACUGUUUAACAGGUGCACUGUCAACACAUGCAGUGAAUGGAGGUUACAACUGAGAUCAACACACAGGGAAGCCGUCUCAAUUUGGCUGGACCACAAACAGUAGCGUG